ACAAUGCUAUCCCAAGUAUAUAGCAUUCUGAUUUAUACCUUUUUUAUCGAUCUAUUUACUCGUUUCAUCGAGAAAGAGUUGUGAUUUUUUAAGAUAUCAGUACCCUGGUCGCAGGUUCAUUUGAAUGCUUGUAAAGUGAUACCAUCCUGUCAAUCGAGGCCUUUUCAAGAAAUGCGGGGAAAAGGAAUGCACGAUUGAACCCCCUCAUUGGUUAUCAUUGAAGCUGCGUUCUAAGAACGUACGAGAUCUAACCCAUUUAUUGGUUACGUUGAAGCUGCAUUCUAAGAACGAGAUCUAACCCAUUUAUUGGUUAUCGUUGAAGCUGUGUUCUAAGUUUUUAGAACGCAUUGAGCCAACCGCGUGGAAGAGGCACUCUCUAAAGUACAAGUUGACAAGGAGUCAACAAAGCAAGACAACGUUUACAAUGAAAGUGUUCUGGGAGUUGGCUAAGGCAGUUUUGGUUUUGAGUCCUGGCUGGACGUACGUUAGUGUUUCGUGUUUGUGGUUUUCAAUGAAAGUGUACAUUUACCGAAAAAGACAACGUUUACAGACGGAAUCUCAUCUCAAUCAAACAGAAUCGCAACUGAACUACCUAAACUCAAAUCCAGAGUAACUCAAAACUGGUACUCCUUUUGAUCCUUCGGAACUGAAGGCAGCAUUAAUAGAAUUAGCAGAGUGAGGCGGCAACAGAUUUCAGCAAUUUCUUCCAUUUACUGAGAGGAUUCCAAUCAAAAUUCAGAGGAGAAGAAGAAGAAGAAGAAAAAGAUGAAUGUGGCAGCCGACGGCAAAAUUGUUGAUUGCAAAACCAAACUUGCAGCAAAAUUUCCUUCCAAUUCAGGUGAGAAGAUGAGGCUCAACACAGACGUGUUGUCCAAAUUGAGGGUGAGGAAAGCCAAGGGUGGCGAUGGGCCCUUCGCUAAAAAGAUCAAGCCAAGGCUGACUCGAAAAUCUAAAGAGUCCGAUCCUUUAACCUUCGUGGACUCUGGCAUAGUUUGCACCCGUGGUACUCCUAGCACAGGGCAAAAGUCUGCGGACAAGGUUGAGGCCUCACCCAAGAACCAGGGUAAUGAUGUUGAGAUACUGGAGUCCGAUUCAAGGGUAGACACAAAGGGAAAGAGCGUCGAGGACCCUUCUAUUUUGAGGGACCCUCACGACGCUCUGAACAAGUUGACCGAUUUUCCAUUUGUUGCUGACAUGAAGCUUGUUGACAAGAUGAGUAACAAGGAGUUAUCUGAGAAGAACUUGGUUGCUACAAGUCAGGCUGCAGUGUAUGCUUACGCGGUUUCAACCCGGCUCCUUAGAAACCUCAACUAUUCUUGGGGAUUGGAAGACAUGUACAAGAAAGCUACGGCUGAACGGGAGGAUAUGGUGUUGAUGCUAGAUCGAGCCCAGACUAAGAUUAGGAUGUACGAGGAGCAGCUCGUCAACAAGGUGAGUCUGCUCAAGACAUGCGUAGAGCAAUCUGUUGCGAGGGACAAAGAAAUCCGCGAGCUCAAGCAAGAGAUUGUCCGGAUGAGAGAAUCAGUUACUGAGGAGAAGGACAUGGCCGUGGCGGCUUACAAAGAGUCACAAAGCUUUGUUGACUCGAUGACCGUCUACUUCUUCGAAGGUUUUGAAGCUUUCAGGCGACGAGCCACUUCUGAGUACCCUGAUAAGGACUUCAAGAAAUUCGAAGCCGAUGACUACCUAGCUUCGCUUAUUUCUGAGGGCCAGGUCACCGAGGAGGAACUUUUUAAUGAAACCAACACCAACACUGGUAACCUGCUAGCUACUGAUGAAGACGAUUAUAAGAAGACGCAAAAAGGCAAGUCUGAGUAGGACGUUUUCGAUGAAGAACAAACUCUAUUUUCAUAUCCAAAUCAGCCAUUUCGUUUGAA